AGCUAGCUUAGAUGCUAGCAAACUACACCUCCUAACCAACACAAGCCAACCUUACCUGGCUUACCACACCAGCUUUUAUGGUCAGUUUCUUCAUCCCUGAGACUCUCCAGCUCAUCAGCUGCAACUGAUUCAAGCUAUCUUGAUUGCUAAUGAGGUACACAUGUGCCUGUAACGCCUAAGGGGCUGAGGUUAGCCUGUGAAGAAAUGGGUUUAUAAAAGCCGGGGCAGCAGACAACACCACAUGUUGCCAGUUGGACCAGGAUUCUCAAACUCGUAGUUCACUUCAGCUUGUGUUGGUUAGCAGGUGUAGUUUGCUAGCAUUGAAGCUAGCUUUAGACACUACCAGCACGUCAAUGGCUAUGGAUUUGGGGUUUUACCUCAGGUAUGAUGGUUUGGAUGGAAAUAAUUGUUUACUGCUCAUAAUGCAAUUGAGUUCUUUGUGGUGAAAUAACGUGUUUUUGUCAUCUAGUGUGGCUCUGCUGCUGUCCGUGUGGACAAGUUCAAAAUGUGAUCAAAUUCCCAAUGGUAAGUGAUUAAAAAUUCUUUGCCUGACACAUGUAAGCAGCAACACAUCUGUUAAGAUCUGACUUAAUUUUUUGUUCAUACAGAAGUUCUUCAGAUGGAGUGUCAUGAUCGCUUCCUCAUGAUAGCUGUUGAUCUGUCCUUCACUGGGCCUGAACCCUAUUUUGAGGCAGUGGGUAAGUCGGGUACACAACAUUUAUUGAAAGGUCAAUCGACUUGAGCACACAAACUGAUGUGAUGUGAUUGUCCUCCAGAUGAAACAGGUGUGUACCCCAUUACAACCCAAUAUGCAGUGGAGUGUGGAUAUCUCAUCAGAGUUCUUCCUGUACCGGGCCGUGUGCAGCUCCGAGCCUCUUUCUUCAGCUGCCAUACUGACAAUCAAGUAAACACAACUUCCAUUUAAAGCAGUUUAAGCGUUUCCUCAUUACAUUAUGUUCAUACAUCUAUAUCAUCAUGAUUUUGGGUCUUUCAGGAUGAUGAAGUGUUCACAUUCAGCUUCAAUCUGGUUGCAACACAUGGAGGCCAGGAGGUCACCUAUGCCUUGAACAAGACCUGUUCUCCAUCUCUACCCUGGGCUCCUAGAGAGGUUUCCUGUGAGCUCUACUACAUGGAGGUAAGCAAAGUGUCAGAACAAGAUUUUACAGGCGAUUUCUUCAGAUGCCUGGUAACCGUGGGUUUCUUUGUAGGUGUCAGUAAGGAGUGAUGUGGCCUGUCCAUCUGGAACAAAGAGAGAUGACUGGGAUGGGACUGUUCAGACUGUAGGUUUGACUCAUGAAGUUUGUAAUAUGUGCAAAAAAAUCAAAAGCUGUCACAUUGAUGGGUGAAUCUUUUCCCAGGCCUACACGGCUGCUACCUCAGACUGGCAGGUGAUGUUUCAGGGGGAGAAUCCAGUACCUAUGAACCUUACAGAGGCUCGUGAAAAGGGUUAUGUGUUUGACCUGACAGAUGGAAGGCUUGUGUUUAGAACGCAGUAUGGACAACCUGACUCAUUCAGCACUGAGGUAAACUUUGUACAUCACCUCCUCGUAGAUUUCUUUUAAUCAAAUGUAGAUUCUUAAUCAGAGUUUUUCUCCAGAUGAAUGGUGUUCCAGUAGAGGUCGUCCAUGCCACUCUGUUCUCCAGACAAAGCUGGGUUGUCCUCAUGGUGGACCUGGUGGCUGCAUGCUCAAUGGGUCGGUAUAUUAAUGUCUCAUUUGCUCUACUUGUUUCCAUGGUAAGCAAGCAGAUCAGUGAUAUUUAAGUACCAUCAACAGAUCAGGGAUCAUUCGAUGGCAGCGGCUACAUGACUUGGGCGACCCCUGAGGUGCUGCACCCGCUGGUAUCUAAUCAGCAGCAUCAGAUUCAGAUUAACAUUGGAGUUGAUGGUGAACUUGUGGAGAAUUCAGAUGCAGAGGACAGAGGUUACAUCGUGGAGAAGCACAACACCACAGUCCAGAUCAGCAUCCCCUACGACGCUGAAGGAGGAUACAGGAAGGUCAGAAGUUUAUUUAGUGUUGCCUUUUGAUCAAAACAGGAUAAAACAAUAUCAAACUUGACUGCAAACCUUUGAAUCUGUUGCAGAGCUUUGUGUCUGGUGACCUCUUUGAAUACUACGUCUUUGAUCUGUACUUGGAGGAGCUCUCUAUGAAUGAGGAUCAAGUGGACACGAGACUUCGUUGUCAACGGACACUGGCGACUCCCCUGCUGCCGCGCCCUCUUUUCACAGAAAACAGUAGGUUUGCUAACAUAAAAUAUAUGUUCAGUGAAGCAUGAUCUGACUUGUGUUCUUAUACCAGGAACAGUUCUGGAGGAGCAGACCUUCACGGUCUACCUCGGAGAUGUCCCUGAAGACGUUGGCCUGGCUGCUGUUCACUUAAAUGGCCAAGAAUUCACAGUACCAUUCACAAAUACAAGCAGCUUUACCAUCACAAAAGUUGUACAUCCCAACAACACUCAUGGCUACACUCUGAAGGUGCCAUUUGAUGACCCUGUCGUUGUCAAACAGGUAAAAGACUUGUCCUAUUUCAGCUUUUGAGGGCUUUCUGGAUUAUCCAAAUGACCUGUUUGUUUGUUUUUGUUUGUUUGUUCCUCAGUUCUCAAAAGAAGCUGCUCUGAUGCAGCAAAGUCUGGACAUCAACUUCACACUGACUGUUCUUCCUGAGAAUGAGCCUUUUUUCCACCUAGCAUCAGUCAUGAUGUUGACAGAUGUCUGUAAGUCACCCAGCAUAUUUAUGGAGUUAAAAAUCUUACGAUAUGAAGCUAAAGUGUUUUUUUUGUCUUUGACAGCUCCUCCAGUCUUUGAUGCUGUCUGUUCUGAGUCUGGGAUCCGCUUCAGACUGGACCACCGGCCUUUUGACCACCUAUGGGUGAUCUGUAUCGGCACAGAGCCGCUAACACCAGAGCUGGCGGCUCAUCAUGGCUACAUCAUGAGCAACGACAGCCAGACACUGCUGCUGGAGGUUCCGCUCUUCACUUAUGGCUACGAGUACAAGGUGAGAGAAGGUCAAAGGAAACUGAUUAGAUGGAAACGUCAUGUGUUUUUGAGGUAAAUGACCAAUAUGUCCGUCUGUCGUAGGAUGUCAGCUUGAAAGGAUUUCUUGGCACUUAUGAGAUCCUCAUUCAGGAUUGUGAAACCUCUGAGGUCCAGGGCUCCACUGUCAAGACCUGUCCCUUCACCACUACUGAAUUCAUCAGUAAGAAGAGGUUUGAUUUAACUCCAUGAUGGUAGGAUGUGUCUUACAGGCUUGUUGAUGUUUACUUUAACCUCUUUGUAGUGUGUUCAACCGAUGGGAGGAUGACUGCAGUGGCUGACUUAUCCCUGACCAUCCCAAGUGGAGGAGUUCCUGCCAGAACCAACCUCAUUGACAAAUACUGCGGACCCAAAGAGACGGACGACACCAGAGCUCUCUUCUCUUUCCCGCUCAACAGCUGUGGAUCCACAAUCAAAGUACUGCAGAGACCAUGACACUACAAUACCCACUGAGCAAUAGAUGGCUAUUUGACGUCUAGUUAUAUUUUAGACCUAAUUUCAACAGUCUAGAUCCUGUAUAUCUGUAGACGGAAUUUAGACGUUGCACUUUAACCUGCUAUUUAAUAAGUAUUUAUUCCAUAAAGCAACUCUGGGUUGCAUAACUGAUCUCAAAGUACUAAACCAAAAUAAUUGAGAGCCAUUGAGCAAUAUACUGGUAGACCUGUUAGCUGGCUAGUCUAAAUUUUAAACUUCUGAAAACUUUCCUUUUUAUAGACCUUUGGUAGCCUGAUUUUAGACCAGUCAUCUAGACUACAUUUAAAAGUCUAUUAGAGCUCCUUUUUAGACCAAAAAAUGCUCAGUGGGAUAAAUUUGACAGGAGUUCAAGAAACUGAAUCAAACACAUGAUCUUUGCUUCUUCAGCUCGGCAAGGAGUAUGUGACCUAUGAAAAUGAGAUUUUCUUCAGCAAGAAGUUGCGCGCUUUGAAAAAUCCAGCAGAUUCAACCGAUGAUGUGGACAGGUUGGUUUCCGAGAUCUGAACUACUUGAGAGUUCCUGUUUUUAAGGAUGUAAGCUGAACUUCUCUGUCUUGCCUUGCAGAGUGACGUUGCAGUGCACAUACUCUCUGGCUGGGCUGCAUCGCCUCUUCUCGGUGUACAGGUUUGAGUCUGACAGUGAAGGCGUUGGACGCAUCAUGCAUUCUGCCCUCUCCAGAGCAGGUAAGUGGAACUAAAUCAAAGAAGUCAAAUCAUUGCAUGUUAAGGAUUUGUCUUGUUUUCUACCACAGGCCCACUGAGUCCAACCAUGGAGCCCACCAUUGUGUCCACCACCAGACGCCCCAGGAGACCUGUCUCGAUACGACCUGGUUACUAUCCUCAGGCUCAGCACAUCAAAGUAUCCAGUUAUCUGAGGAAUCUUUCCAAAAAAGGUCCAUACCUAUUAAAGAUGGCUGAUUUUGAUUGUGAAUUUUCUGUUAAUCUCUGUUGUUCUCUUUCCAGGAGCUAGAGGAACUUCACAAGUGAAAGAUGUUCUGUCAUUUUAAAUGUGAAUCUAAAUAAAAAGUCUCUCACUGUCACUUUA